AUGAUAUCAACGAGGUACGCAUCAUUCAUCUCAGGGAUUAUAAUUGCAUCAAUAACAUGGGCAUUCAGUCUUUAUCUAUACUCAAAACUCACUCAAAAUGCAAAUGUGGUAAAUCCGACAAUGUUAGUUUCGGAGUACACGAUCCCACUGGAAGAAUCAGUAUUUAAGCAAAAAAUAAUCCAUGACAAUGGUGAAGAGAGAAUUGGUGGUAAAAGAAACAGCGCUAAACUUAUUAAACAAUUGCAGCCUGUUCCAAUAAAAUCAGCAAUUGGAUUAGAAUAUGGUCUUGAUGAAUUAGGAUUAGUAAGAAACAUAGAAGAUCAAAAAAAGAGAGAUGAUGGUUAUAAGAAAUACGCCUUUAACACUUUAGUCUCGGACAAUAUUGGAAUAAGUAGGGCAAUACCAGACACUAGGAAUAAACUUUGUUCAGCUAUAAAAUACUCCGAUAAAUUACCAAACGCCAGUAUUGUAAUUUGUUUCUACAAUGAACACUAUAUGACUCUACUAAGAACAUUACAUUCUAUAAUUGAUAGAACACCUGAAAACCUGUUACACGAAAUUAUAUUGGUCGAUGAUUAUAGUGACAGCGAUGAGUUACACAAUAAAAUAAAUAAGUAUAUUAAUGAUAAUUAUUCAGGUAAAAUAAAGUUUUUUAAAACCGAAAGAAGAGAAGGGCUUAUUAGAGCUAAAAUAUUUGGAGCUAGAAAAGCAACUGGUGAUGUACUUAUUUUUUUGGAUAGUCAUGUUGAAGUUAAUAAAAUGUGGAUUGAACCAUUACUUUCUCGAGUUGCUGAAUCUCCAACAAUUUUACCAAUGCCAGUAAUUGAUAUUAUUAAUUCAGAUACAUUUCAAUACACGGCAAGUCCCCUGGUUAGAGGUGGAUUUAAUUGGGGCUUAAAUUUUAAAUGGGACAAUGUACCAAAAAAAAGUUUGAGUAGUAAUGAAGAUUUUGUAAAACCUCUUAAAUCACCAACGAUGGCUGGCGGGCUGUUUGCUGUUGAUAGAAAUUAUUUUAUUGAAAUGGGUGAAUAUGAUGCAGGAAUGGAUACAUGGGGUGGAGAGAACUUGGAAAUAUCAUUUAGAAUAUGGAUGUGCGGAGGUAGUAUUGAAUUAAUACCUUGUUCACGAGUUGGACAUGUAUUUAGACGAAGACGACCUUAUGGUAAUGAUCGUCAGGUAGAUACAAUGUUAAAAAAUUCAUUACGCGUUGCAUAUGUUUGGAUGGAUAAAUACAAAGAGUAUUUUUUGAAAAAUGUUCAUCAAAUUGAUUAUGGUGAUAUAUCCGAUCGUGUAGCACUGCGUGAACGAUUAAAAUGUAACGAUUUUUCGUGGUAUUUGAAAACAGUUUAUCCAGAAUUAGCGCUUCCCGACGAUAAUCAGAGUAAUUUAAAAAAAAAAUGGCUUAAAUUAAAUCAACAACCAAUGCAACCGUGGCACUCAAGAAUCAGAAAUUAUACAGCUCAAUAUCAAAUACGGUUAACUAAUUCUGGACUUUGCAUUCAAACUGAAAAAGAUAUUAAAACAAAAGGAUCAAAAUUAAUACUCAUCCCAUGUUUAAGAACCAAGUCUCAAAUGUGGUAUGAAACCGAUAAAAAUGAAUUGAUUCUAGGCCAAAUGUUAUGUUUAGAAGGUAGUGGAAAAUUUCCCAAACUUGGAAAAUGCCAUGAAAUGGGAGGAAACCAAGAAUGGCAUCAUAAAGGAACAAGCAGUACACCUAUUUACAAUAUCGCUACUGGUACAUGCUUAGGAGUGAAACGAGCAAAUAAAUAUGCACAAGUAGUAAUGGAUUUAUGUAUGAAGUCCGAUGUUACAUUAAUUAGUUGGGAUAUUGUCCAUGCAAAUCCUGCUAAGGAUAUGAGCUGA